UCCAACGAUCAUUUCACAAAAUGGUUUCCUUGUGAAUUGUCACUGCGUAAUCGUGUUGAAAAGUUGCUUCAGUAGUGUUGAAAUAAUUUUCCUCUCGGUUUUCGCGUAAUAUGUGAAACGUGUGGUGUUCUUCGUUAAAAUCAAGCAUUCAAUCAAUAGUGAAAGAACUAAAAUCAGUUAUUUUGUUUUUCAUCCCGCGUCCAGCUGUACAUUUUCCAUACCCUAAUGAGGCCCCAAUUUCAGGCUCGUAUAUUUCCGUUAUCGUGUGUGACAACCAGUGUCGGUGGUAAUUUCAGUUUUGUGACGGAUGUUGUUUAAUUUUGUGCACCGUAUGCUCAGAUAUUGUUCGUAAGCUAUUUAUUCAUCAUUCAAAAUGCACCCAAUUACGGAGGUAGGGACGAAUGUCUCUGCCUUUUUGGCCAAAUUAUGGAGGAUGGUGGAAGAUCCUGAAACGAAUGAUCUCAUUUGCUGGAAUUCAGAUGGCACAUCUUUCAUGAUCAAAAAUCAAUCACAGUUUGCAAAAGAGCUGUUACCCAUGUACUACAAACACAACAACAUGGCCAGCUUUAUUCGACAGUUGAAUAUGUAUGGCUUCCACAAAGUGGUCAGUGCUGAAAACAAUGGGCUACGACUAUCUGACAAUGAUGAGAUCUCUUUCAGCCAUCAUUGCUUCAUCCGUGGUCAUCCAUACCUUUUGGAGCACAUCAAGAGAAAGAUGACCGUCACCAAGGAAAAUAAUGAAAUUCGUGCAGCUCCUGACAUAAUGAACAAGAUGCUGAAUGAUGUCAAAUCCAUGAAAGGACGACAAGAAUCCUUGGAUUCCAAACUUUCCUCCAUGAAACAAGAGAAUGAAGCUCUGUGGCGUGAACUGUCAAUUCUGAGGCAGAAACAUGCCAAACAGCAGACUAUUGUCAAUAAGUUGAUCCAAUUCCUUGUGACACUGGUCCAUCCCACACGUAAUCUCAGUGUGAAAAGGCGUUCAAAUUUCCCUCUUAUGUUGAGGGAAAAAGCUCACAAUGGUCACAAGCAUUCAUAUCUGAGUGAAGCAAAAAGGCGAACGCACUACAACAGCGGCAGUUCAGAUUCGACCAAUCCCUCACCAACUGGACCCACAAUCCAUGAAUUAGACCCAUCUGAUUUUUUGGAAAGCGUGAACAUACUAGAAACCAACAAACUGCGAUCUGAUUCACCAUUGUCACCCACCAUCACCGACUGCGACAGUUCGGCAGAAGGAGAUGUAUUAGUAGACUCCCCCUCCAUCACAUCAAAACUUAGAAAUAAUUUAGAUGAUGGAACUCUCUUGGACCUAGUCACAGAAGCUGUUUCGCCAGCAGAGGAGUUGGUGACCGUUCCGCCAGAAGCUGUAAAUCCAGCGAUCUGCGUUUUCAACAAAAACGCCCUAGCAGACUCCGCUAAUAUGGUUGAUUCAAACUUGCGACAACAAGUGAGAAGGGUUGCUGCUAAAGUUAUUGAAGAGAAAAAAGCGCAACCUUUGACUUUCAAGUCAACUACUGUUCCAGUUGACCAGAAAAUGAUGAAACGAGUAAGUCGCGGCCGCGCUAAGAAGUCAGAGUCUCCGCCGAGAAUUGCUGUCGACAGCACUUUGAAAUCAAUGUUGACCAAACCGAAGCCGAAGAUGCCUCAGCCUGCCCAGAGAACCGGCUUAAAAGUUAAGAUGCCUGUGCGACAGGCUACUGUGGAGACAGCUAAACUCCCAUCACAGAAUCUAAAGAGGCCCUCCAGUAAUGGUUCCGCCGUCACACCAUCCCCUAAAAGUCAAAAGAUGGAAGAAGACUCUCUCUCGCAGCCAGAUGUUCUCCUUCUGACCAAUGGUGGUAGUCGGAUCAAAAACGAUGGCUUGAUUUCUCCACCUGUGUCUGUUACUGGUUCUCUACCUCUUGAUGUCAACACCACAUCACCAGUCGGUAUUGUGACAAUGCCAUCUCCUUCGAACAGCGAGCUGCAGCAGAUUUUCGACCAGUCGCCUCUUAGUGACAACAUCCUUGGAAUGCCUGAUAACUUUCCUUCUUCCAGUUUCAGUAUGCCAGACAACACAGUGCCCGUGAGCGGAGAAGCAGCCGAUACCCAGGCAGUCAUGUCAAUGUCCCCGACUGACAUCUUGAACUCAGUCCCCUCCACAUCCCCGGUCGAGCGGAACAUCAAUGAUAUGGCAUUGACAUUGUCGUCACCUGCUCAGCUGGCAGCCAACGGCACGGACCUUAACUCUUUCAACAGGUCUGGUCAUUCAACCGACUUUAGUAAUCAUGUGGAGACGAUGCAAAACGACUUGGAUUGCCUGAAAGAUCUAUUGCAAAAAGAAGGGCUCAGCUUGGAUGCAAACGUCUUAAUGGGGUUGUUCAACAAUGAGGAUUCAAUGAGUUUCAAUCCGCCUGCGUACCAGAAUCCCAUUACUCAAACUGACCAAACAGACAUGAGCCAAAGCUAUAACCAACUCACAACAUACAACCCUAGUAACCUUGAUCUAGUUGACGUUUUCCAAAAUUCUGAGUGGAGUGUUCCAACGAUAACGGAGCAGACGAAUGAGGAUGAAGAUCUCUUCAAGGAUCUGAACACACCAAUCAUCAGUAUUCCGAAUAGUCCGCCAGUUUCUCCCCUUCCUCCAACACCCCUCCCUGCUACGCCCAGUGCGAAAAGAAGAAGAAAAUGAACGGCAUCUAAUUAAUUUUAAUUUAAGAAUUUAUUCUUAUUAUCCAUGGUUCAUGGCACCCAUCGGCUCAACUUUCUGUACAAAAUGCUGAGGAUGCAAGCUAGUCUAGUCGAUCAGUCUGCUGUUCGGCAUUUGUCAAAACGCGUCAGAAUUAUGUGUCUUGAAAAUUGGAUGCUUUUCAUAACAUACGGAGAUCUCUUUCUGCAGCGGAUGCACUAAAAACUACAGUUUUUACAAAGAAAUUAAAGUUUUUGAAACUUAGCGCAGAAAAUUUAAAUUUGUCAAAGUUUCCUAAUCAGGCAAAAGAUCCUAUUUAUAAUAUGAUUCAGACCUGGUUGCGUCUUGUUCAAAAGCUAGAAAUGCAUCCAACUUUCAGGACUGAAUUAGCGUAAGUGUAGAUACCUUUAGAAGUUUUUCUUUUCCUAUUUCAGAUAUGCAGUACGAUUCAGCAUGAGCUAAAAAAUUAGGAAAUGCUGAACCAAUCAAACUAUUGUUUUCCUCUCUUCGUCUGAAUUUGAAUUUUUCUUUUGAGUCUUAGUGAUUCCUUUCACACAUCCAGGCCAUGUGUUUUUCAGCUCCGACUCCUAAAAUACUAACAUGUACGAAAGCAUAAUUGACCACUUUUUUCUUUUUUGAAACGGGAAGGUUGGUGGAUUAGUAGGUAGAAUCGUCGUAGACCUCAAUUACAAAGUUAGUUCUCAGAGGCCCUAUCUUAAACGUAGCUACUGUAUAAGAAUGGGUCAGUUGCGGAAGUUAUAGAAUCGCACAUUGAUGGUUGAAUUUUUUAGAUUGAUAAAAAUUAAGUAGAUCUGUCCAGUCAUUAUGAACUUAUCCCCAAUACUGACAGAAAUAUUGUCACAUGAAAACAAGGAGAUGAAAUCUACUGUGUUUUUAUUUGAUGCUAGCGUUAUCCAACUGAAGUUCAUGAAUCGCAUGUUUUCACAGAUCUUAGUUUCACCCAAUCCUACUCAAAGCAACUGACUCAUUCUAUCACUCGUAUUUUAUUGGCUGUGAUAAAAAAGGUAUCUGAUUGAUAAAUAAUUGUUUGAUACUUAUUAAAGUGGUCUUUAGUUUUGAUAAAGUUUCUGUUCUGUCUUGAGUGCAUCGUGCUAACAGCAAAGAAGGUGGAAAUCGUUUUAAAUAUACCGCAAAUAACUGCAUCUUAAAAUGAGGAGUAAGCUGUUUAUACGCUCAGAAGAUCAAAACCAGAUCAUCAAUCAUUAAAAAAGGAAAUCGUCUACUUCAAUAAUGCUGCUCACUUGUUGAAAUUCUAAAUUCCUAGUCGCGAUUACUCUUUUGGGUGAAUUUGAAUGAAGCAGGACUUGUAAUUUUGUUAGAAAGACAGUUUGUUCUCUCAAUUGUUCUCAGGGACUUUUUUUUUAAUUUCAUUUUUAAUUUCUGUUUUCUUUUUUUGCGGCUUUUGACAUCAAAAGCUGGGUCUGGUGACCCUUGGUAUAGAGCGCUUCAUACAUAAUGAAUCCAGGUUUGCGUGAGUUGAAACCACAAGUUCAAUUUUUUUUUUUCUGUUCUAUCUCAAUUAUAUAGGUAUCUUUAUUUUUUGCACAAUAGCACUGAUUGACUGAUACCCAUUUCUAUCAAUUAUAAGAGUGCUUUACCAUUAGUUAACUUUUAAUCCUCUGUGAACAGACAUAUUUAGGGUAUUUUAGAGAUGAUCAUAGUUAAUAAUAUUUGUUGUCCACCAAAAAAUGUAAGUAUUCGUUUCUUGAAUCAUUGCCGUCUUAUUAAAGAUAUAAUAUUACUUCUCUUCGAGUUGUCGCUUUCCAGAUGAAAGAAUGUAAGUGCAUUUUCACGGUGAAAUACCUCCAUUCUGUAAUUCUACCACUAACUGACCGUUACGCUUUUCCCAGUAAAAAUUUCAUCGAUUUUUCAUCUGACCAUACAAAAAAAUCGGCUCAUUUUUAGACUAAAAAUAUUGCAUUCAUAUUCUUGUAAAGAAUUGAGUUAGUUGAGUCCAUCUUGCAGCCUCAUUACGGAGUUGCGUUCCUUCGUUUGGGAAACGACAAAACACAGACAGGAAAUCAAGAUACAGUCAGUUCUGACAUGUUCACAUCGAAAUCCAAACUGAGCAGAACUACUGCAGAUACUAAUGAAAAUUUCACCAACAGUGAAAUGAUAGAAAACUUGGGAAAGAAAUCAAGAUAUCUAACAAAAAUGUAUUCAGGGUACACUUUUAACCUUCCUGUGUACAGCCAACUUAAUUAACACAAGGUAAGAGGGUGUGGCAUAGUGUCUAUUCACUAAAGGCAGGAUUGCCCGAAUCUGGUUGGAUUGCGAAUUAGUCUUCGUAUGACUUUAUCUUGAGUUUCUUACUGUUUAAGUAAGUUAGUAUGAAGAUUCUUUUUUUUUUAUUCUCUUUGACUCUUUGAUGCCUACAGUUAUCUUUGUAAACUGAUGUAGACGCUAUUAGUGCUGAUGUCAACACAGGAAUUCUCUGUUACAUUGAAUUGGAUCCAAACAGUAGCAAUAACAUGACGUAGGUACCCUCUUUCAACGCUACCAAUGAGAAUAAAUUGUCAUCUUUUGCUUUUCUGUAACAUAGCGCUCAUAGCGUCUAUUUCACUAGACUUUCUCUGAUCAGGCCAAAUCUUCUAUCAGCAAAUGGACUACUUGAUAGAAUUAAAUUUAAAGCACUACAAGUUAUGUCUCCCUAUCAAAAUUUUACAAAGAACAUGUUAAAUAUUUUUUGUAAGCUCAAAAUCAAUUAGGAAACAAAGAAAUUGGUCUUUAAAAUUUAUCUGAGCGCCAGUAAACUCAAACUGCCUGCUCGUGUCCAACCAAAACUGACACAAGGCAAAUCAGGCAUUAAAAAUGAACUCACCAUUCUACAUUGAAGUCCAAUCUUGGACUCUAAAGAAACUUUUUUACCCUGAUUUUUUAUUUUUGUACAUUUUUCAAGUAAAACUCAGUUCUCAGGGUACAUUAUUUAGUUGCCAAGAGCACAAAAUCAGUGAAAUUAGUCAAUUUGAUGCAAGUACACUAUGGUUUGUUGGGAAUUGACAAAUAAAGAAAAAGCUGAUCGAAAAGUUGAAUUUUGAAGUUUUUUGUGCAUAUUCCAUGUCUCAUGUGAAAUUUGUAUGAGGGAAAUAUUAAUAGCAGUGCUUAAUUUUCUAUCCUAUCUUGUGGUUCAUUUGCUUCUCGGUAGGAAGCCACAUACCACGUGUUGUUCUUUCUAACCGUUGUCUCUCUUCUUUUUGUCAGCUUGAUGGAAGGUCCAGCUGCCUGUGAAAAAAAAAUAUCCAUUAAACUAUAAAUUGACAGUGAAACUCCCAAACAAAUUAUCUUGAUUGCUGUGUUAAAAAAUCUCCGCUUCUAUUUUAAUUUUUUGAUGGAGAAUAAAUCAACAUUAUUUCUUGAACUUUUUUCAAAAUUUGCUUCACAUUAAGAAAAAAAAAUCACGGAAGUUUUUCAGAAUUGACGUUUAGUAGUCCUCUGUUUAAGAAAUAAAGUGUGAUGGAAAGUCUGUCACAACGCAAACCGAGAUACGUAGAGUUUCACUGUCGAAAUGCAUUUAAUGACUUUUAGACAUAAAAAUUUAUUUUUGUAAAAUUUGGAAAACAUGUCUUCUAAAUUAGCAUGCGGUAACAAAAUUUUUGCAAAGUUCCCGAAAAAUUCAACGAAACUGCCUGUAAAACUAACAAAAAGUAAUCCUUAUUCCUAUAUUAUUCUGUGUGAGUAGCUCACGUAAACCUGGCAACAGGCGAUUUAUUGCUCCCAUUUUAUUGCGGUUGCACCUUCGCUUUCGACUGCUGCUCAGUCGCUGUUUCAAACUUAAAGUUGUUUUAUUUUUGUUUUUGUUACUCGCUACUAAUUUUAAGUAUUCCGUAAGGCAGUUCGAAUACACGGUAGUUGAAAUAGUUGAAAUUAAAAGGUGUACAUUAAGUUUUUAAUGUUAGGUUAAGUGUAAGAUAGAUGUUAUCGCAUUAUGUACUCUCAUUUUUUUAGUAUUUAAAUUUUACUCUUCAAAUUAACUGUUGAAAGAAUAUUAUCAAUUGAGCGUGGGCAUUCGUAUUUUUAUAUCAACUAGAGAAUUUAACUUUAAUUUUAAAGUCUAUAUUUUAUCCAGUUAUCUAAUCGUAAAAUUAGGUCUGUCGACAGUUUUGCACUGAAUCUGAGCCACUGGCAAGGAGCAUUUUGAAGGCACUCAUUUUGACAAAAAUUCAACAUCAGAAAGGAUCAGUCUCAUCAUAAUCUUUCGAUAAAAUUGGUUCAAAAUCCACACAAGGAACAAACUAAAAUGUUGGUUUUUGCACUGUUGACACAAACGUGAAAAAAAUACAUCGUUUCUAGAUUAGUGAAGUAAAAUGUCUAAUUCGGAGCAUGGAUAUUUUUGGCUUAAAUCUACAUAGUGCUUUUGGAAGAGACCUAUCUUUUGCUUGACAUGAAAUAGGUAUUAGCAAAAUUUAUGGAUAUCCCAAUGUUGAUUCAUUUCAGAGAAGGUUCACUUCCGAAAACCAAAACAUUUUUCAGACAAAUCAAAGAAAAAAGUAUUUUAAUCUGUUUUUUUUUUUUUUUUUUUUUUUUUUUUUUUUUUUUCCAAUUUGGAUGUAAUCAUGUAAAACACUGCAUUAAGAAGGAUUCAAAUGGAUUGUAUUUGAGAGACAGUGAUCCUUUUUCAGUUCACUUGAAAGCUCCAAGUCAUUGGGCGAAGAUUCUUUGUGACUAUAUUUUUCUACUUUUUAGCAGCUUCUGUUCUUUUUAAAUUAUAUGCACAUCGUGUUUGCACAGAAUAGCUCAGUCAGAAUUUAGUAAAACGAAAAUUGUUUUAAAAUCAAUGUGAAAGAUUUGGCCUUGAAUUCGUCUGCACAAUGAUUUCACCCUAGGAAUUUUUAGAUGUACAAGAAUGGCAAUGUUGUUCUGAUUGAGCUGUCUUGUGGUUUUGUUUUCAAGCUUUAAAAUUUUAACUCCUGAAGAUCUCAAGUUCUUCUAUCUUGACCACUCAAAGCUGGAAGAGUCAGUUAAUUUAUGCCAUGCUUGGAAAACUUUGGUUUUUGACCCACCUUUAGAGUUUUUUGUUUUUCUCCAGUGUUCAAUUCUGUCAGAAUUCUUUCUCAAGAAUGUUCCUAGUGGCUUUUCAGAGUCUCACAAAAGUGGUGUCUAAUUUUGGAGUUGUUGGAAAACAAAGGUUUGGCUCAAACAGCAAGGAUGUUUGACCACAAUAGUAACAGGUGACACAGUAUCUAACUGGCAAAAUGUAAUGUCUUAGCACUAUACUCCCUUUGUUUGAUAAUGAGAAUGGAAUAAGCUAUAGACUAAUAAUCAAGAUUUUGACCUCAUUGCAGUCCAUGCUGUCAGGCCUUCCUUUGACUCCAAUCCCUAAAAGACCAAUUCUUUUGAAACAUUACUGAGCUGCUUAUUCUUAGAAAAACAAGUGUGUGAAAGAAAUUCCUUCACUUUUCAGUCCAUUGAGCUGAAGAGAUAAUUAUUAAUUUGCUGUUAAUUGUUGAAGGAAAGUGGACUACUGUAAAAUUGUUGAUGAAUAAAAUUAUUAUUGUUACUCUAAA